UGUACGGAAAUGAAAUGGUCGGUUGGUGGUCGCCUGCUGAUGACGCCAUACUUUUGACAUUGGCAUGGGGCGUAAUUAAAAUAUAGCGGACAUAGUAUUUGCUGUAAUUAUGGCUCUUCCCUGGCUCUCAAGAUCCCUUUCUGGGCUACUCAUGGAGACGGCGUCCCUAAAUUGUCAGAGGAAUUUCAGUGUAUCUGCUGUUGCUGCAGCCAUUCAAAAAAUGACAAGAGUACGUGUAGUGGACAACAGUUCUCUUGGAAAUACUCCAUAUCACCGUCCUCCGAGAGUGAUCCAUGUCUACACCAAGAACGGCGUAGGAAAAGUUGGUGACAGAGUGUUACUUGCCAUUAAAGGACAAAAGAAGAAGGCGCUUAUCGUUGGACACAAAAUGCCUGGAGAGCGGAUGGCUCCACGCUUUGAUUCUAACAAUGUUGUACUCAUUGAGGACAAUGGGAACCCCACAGGAACAAGGAUUAAAGUCCCUGUACCCACACAUCUACGUAAACUAGAGGGAGAUUACUCUAAAGUAUUGGCAAUUGCCAAUUCAUUUGUCUAACUGUGUCAAAUAUGUGAACAUUUUGUGCUCAAGUUGUCUUCAAUAAACUUUAAACGAACAGA